AUAAAAUUUCAUUGAAGUUACAUAAUCGUAGUGAACCAUGACGGCCAUCACUCACAUAAUAAAUUUCCUUGGCCUUGAAGUACAUACCAUAUUACUCUGAGGAAAUUGACAAUUCAAAGUGAAUGCAAAGUAGUCGGUUUACAGUAUGAUGGAGAAAUUAUUUACAUUUUUGUUGAUUAAUUCAUAACGAUAUUGACCUAGAUUUAGUAUCUGCUUGUCAAUGUGAUAUAGAAAAGUUUGUCAUAAACAUGGAUUAAGUACAAUAAUAUCAAGGAUGAUUUAUGGCCAUCAAUAAUUUGUUCUUUCAAGAUGUUAAAAGAAAUUAUACAGAAACAUUGAGUAAUGGAAAGUGUAGCAAGAUGAACAGUUUUAUUUUUUAAGCUUUGGAUAGAAUGUUUCGGCACACAUUGGAUGUUAUUAUACCGUAUAAGAAUAACUAACAUUAUGUAAUAUGGAGAGAUAUGGAUAAUGAUUCCUAAAUAUAAUCUUGGAAUAUAAGGAACAAUUUUUCAAAGUUACCUUUUGAGGAUUUAAUAGAAAGAGAAUUUCAAAAUGUCAGACCACAACGAUUUAGUUCUGGAAAUUGCAAUGGUGGAGAAAAUGAGUACGCAGGAGCGACUCAAACAUGCAAAGAAAAGAAGGAGUCAGCAACUGAAAAAAUUUGCAAAUUAUGAAAAACAGGUGGAUAAAGAAUUUGCUAAAAAGAACAAGAAGGGGACAGGAAAAAAACGUCGUCCGAGAGUAAAGUUUCGUGGAAAUAUUAUGCUUUUAGAAUCAGCAGCAAGAGGGGACAUUGAAGAUGUACGAAAAUUACUGAAUCAGGGUGUUAAUCCAGAUGUAACUAAUGAAGAUGGUUUAACAGCUCUUCAUCAGGCUUGUAUUGAUGACAAUGAAGAAAUGUUAAAACUUUUACUGGAAUAUGGUGCCAAUGUUAAUGCCAGGGACAGUGAACUUUGGACUCCUCUCCACGCUGCUGCUACUUGUGGACAUUCCCACCUAUGUAAACAUCUCAUUACUAAGGGAGCAGAACUUUUAUCAGUGAAUGCUGAUGGAAACAUGCCAUAUGACAUCUGUGAAGAUGAAGUCACUCUGGACUAUAUUGAGACAGAGAUGGCCAAAGUUGGAAUCACUCAGGAAGAAAUAGACGAGAGAAGGUUGAUACCAGAGAGAAAUAUGUUAAAUGAUGUGUCUCGGUUAGCCAAGACAGGUGGGCCCCUGGAUGAGAGAGGCUCUGAUGGUGCUACUUUACUUCAUAUAGCAGCUGCUAAUGGUUACAUGCAGGUGGCGGAGUUUUUACUUGACCACCAUGUUUCUGUUGAUAAAAGAGACAGCGAUUCAUAUCAGCCAAUUCAUGCAGCAGCUUUUUGGUGCCAGCAAGAUGUUUUGGAACUUUUAGUUAAAAAUGGUGCAGACAUAGAUGCCAAAACACGGAAUGGAGAAACACCUUUUGAUUUGUGUGAAGAUCCUGAAAUGAAACAGAAGAUUUUAGACUUGAAAGAUGACCUAGAAAAUAAAAAGGCCAGUCGAUCAUCUGGUAGUACCAAACGUGCAAAACAUCAAACCUCACGAUCGAGUGGGUCUUCUAACUUAGGUAGUUCGAGCACGAUGUAUAGCUCCACUAGUUCAUUGAACGAGCCUCGGUCUCAUGGUCUCCAUCACAGGCAUUCUUCGGAUCAUUCCCAUAGUGCCUCUAUCAGAAGAAGUAGCAUGAGAGGUGAGAAGAGUCAGCUGUUUAUGAAAGAGGCUAAAGAAGAAGCUAUGCAUUUUGGUUGGGGAAAAAAUGAUUUAGAUGAGGAGGAUAAAGAGAACGCACAGACCACAAAUAUCGAUGAUGUCGAGUUGAUUAUUGAUGAUGAAGUUGACAAAAAUCGUCCAAGGAGUGAUCAUCAACAAGAAAGACAUCAACAAGAAAAACAUCAACAAGAAAAACAUCAACAAGAAAAACCGAACAUCAUACGACAGGAAAUCAGGAGGGAAGACAGCGAAAGAAGCUCACGGAGUGUUGGAGGAAAAGAUGUCUCACGACGGAGCUCCUUCAACAAACGAAAUCAAAAACCUGACAUUCCACAAAACAGGGACCAGUCAGUGCCAGACAAACCUUAUGAACUCAAUCAUGAUGAUUCUCAGCGGUCUCAGAACUAUGAUCAUGAAAAUUCAUCAACAAACUUACCAAAUGUAAACUCUGGUUCAUCUUCCUCACUGACAUCAAAUAGAUAUCCUUCAGGGACCCCAUCAUUGAAUUUGUCUGAACUCAAAAAACAUAGGUCUGAGAGUCGAAGCCGAGAAAAUAGCGUGACAGCUGUUGACAGUGCUGUACAGGACAUGUUUUUAAUUUCUCUUCAGAUGAAAGGAAAUAAAUACAGUUCAUCACCUUCACAAAGUAAAGAUCAACAUCAACAUUCCAAAAAUAACGGACAUAAUAAUAAUACGCCAUACUUUCAAAAUGAAAGUAUGAAGAAAUUCAAAGCUCCAAGUAGUGCUCCUGUCGUAGGAGGAGAAGAAAAAGAUGGAUGUUGUAGUAUCCUGUGAUAUAAUUCUGAUAUUUUAGGGUAUUAAUUUUUAAACAUUUUAUAUAAACUUAAAUUUCUAUAAUGUAUGGAGUAUUAGACCCAAAAAGAAAAUUGUCCUUACUCAGUUUUUUUUUAAAGGAUGAAUGUACAUGGCAAAUUAUAAUUUUUGUUUACUUUUUCAUAUAAAAGGUUGAAACAAUGUACUUUAAAAACAUAUAACCAUGAAAAAUGGAUAUAACUUUAUGCAGUCUUUUGUUUAUAGGUUGAUGUAUGAUAUGAUUCUUUGAAUGUCACAUUUAAAAAUUAAAUAACAUAUUAAAAGUGCUAAGUAUAUUUUAUUUAACAUGGUUCCUAAUAUGAUAAAGAUGUGUAAUAGUUACUUGGAGUUGAAUUUUAUAAAUGUAGAACUUUAUUGGGAGGACUAUAUAAGUAUUAAUUUCUGCGAAUAUAAGUUAUAUAAUUACAGUUUCCCUUUAGAUAAAUGCCAAUAUUUUGUAUUUUAUGAUAAUUAAAAUCAUGUCUUCGAAUAAAAAAAAUCUAUUGGUGUACAUAUAUGUAUUAUUUCUGGAUUUAGUUUUAUUUUUCAAGUAAACAUAGCAGUAUAGUGUAUAUGAUUUGAAAAUUGAGAGAUAUUCUGUAACUAAUAUAGAAAUAUAAAGCUUUUUAUACGCUAACUUUAUACUCUAGAAAGGGUUUGUUUUUGGAACCUUUUAAAUGUAGUGAAAAGAAUUAAAUAGAAUUACAAAUAUAUUGGCUAAAGAUUAGGUUUUAUUCAUGAGGGCUAGUUUUGUUAAUUCUGUCAUGUAUCUAUCAAGAUUCCUAGGUAAAAACAGUCUUUACUGUUUGAAGAUAGCAACAGCUGUAAAAUAUGAUUAUCUCCCCUAAUUGUAUGAAAAUUAUCUCCCUUAAGUAUUUUUAUUUUCAAAAAAAGUAUUCCUUCUUUUCUUUCUAUUCACUCAUUUUUUAAUAAAGAUUUUUUUUUUCAAAUAUUAAAGCAAACUUAUUCUAAAUGCAAUAUUUAACUAUUUAGUAAACUUUAAUUGAUCCAUUGAAUAUCAUUAAAAGAACUCUAUAUUUUAUAAAUAACACUAUCUAUGUUUUCUUGUUAAUACAAAUGUUUUCAUUUCUUAAAGAUUAGGUUAAUAGUACAUUAGUAUUCAUAUAUUUACAUCAAGAUUUUUUGUUUGUUUUGUACUAGAUUUUUGUUAGAUAAACACAUAUAAACAUAUAUAUUUAAGUUGCAGUGCUUCUUUAUAUACCCACUCAUUUUUAUAAGAAUUGAAUCUAUUUGUUUGUCAAGCCUUGUUAUAUUUUGUGCAUGAGGAGGAUGUGUUAUUUCAAUAUCUUAUUGAGACUGUCAGUACUUACUUUAAUGUUAUCAGUCUAAUUGGUUUAUAAUGCAGGUCUACAUUGAUAAAAAUAAUCACAACAUGAUAAAAAAGAUUAUUUUUUAAUUGUACCGUUAAAGUAAUUAGAUAUGAUCACACUUUUGGUUCACAUAUAUCAUGGCAUAAGUUUGUCAUAUGGUAAAUAUUCUGACCACUUUUUUAUGUCGAAUUUUGGUAAAUUGUUAAAAAAACACAAGCUAUAUUUUAAAUUGAAGAUAACUCUUCAAAAACCUAUUUUUUCAGCUAUCUGUGUGGAAUUUUAACUACUGUGGAUUCAGUUAUUUUCUUGGAUAACAAUUUUCAUGGAUUGAGAAAAACUUACAUUUUUGUGGAUAUUUGAUUUCGUGGUUUUGCCAAAGUCUGCAUACAAGCGUAAAGAAAAUUUGUUAUUCGUUGAACAUGUAAUUCAUGGUUCACCUGUAUUUAAGAAAUCCACGGAAAUUAGUAUCAACAACGAAUAAUAAUGAAUCCACAGUUUGUCAGUAAUUAAAAUGCUCAUGAGUUUCUUAGAUGCCGUUUUUGACAAGCAUGAAAUAUGACAUACCUUUAAUUUAAAAUGUCAUAGUUGAGAGCAAAAUUAAUACUACUUUUUUUUACUAAACUUAACAAAUUAAUUAUUAAAAAUUAUGAUCUAAUAUAGUUCAGAUUAAAAAAAACAAAACAAAUGAAGUAUUCAGAUAAUUUCAAUUGUAUCUUACUGUUUUGGUAUAAGUUACAGUAAAAUCUCCGAUCAAAAUCCAAAAUAAAAGAAAGUCCUUUUGAACAGCAAUAUGUACAUAAAUCAGUCAAAUUUAAAACAAACAUUCCAUGCUUACUGAGAAUAGCAUUAGAAUAGGAUUUAAAUAAGUUUGAGUGGAUAUGUGUAUGUUGGUGUGUGUUCAGUGUAAUUUUACAUGAUUUUCAUUUAGGUCUGAUUUGUAUACCUCAUACACUUAUUAAUUUUGCUAUAUAUUGUGCAAUGGUCCAUGUAUAUCUUAAAGUAAGUCAUUCAGUUUCAUUUGUUUAAGAAGCAGAUGAUAGUUAGUUCUGGAAACAUUUAUUUUUUAUUUAGAGAACAUGUAAACACUUGCAACAAUAUAGCUGAGUUAUCUCCCUUUAAAUAUAUAUUGUUUAAGACAAUUUCUAAAACUUCAGUGUAAGUGAAACUGUUCAAUUAUCAUUUUAAAUUCAUUUUUAUUGACAGCCAGUGUUCAAACAGCAGAAAUGCAAAAACGAUGACAAUUUGUUUGAUUUGGAAUGAAUUUCAUUGUCACAUAUACAAAAUCCCCAUUGAUAUACUUCCUAUUGGGAAACUAGUUUUAGCCAAUAGUUUCCACAGAUUAGCACUGAACUAUGGUUUCAGCCAUUGUUGUACAUAAUAUCAAAAUGCUAUGUUUUAUUUUUUUAUCAAUUUGAUUAAUUAAAAGUAAACAUAAGAAUAGGAUAAUUCAUUUAUAACUUAUAGAUUUUGAAAACUGUAUCCCCAAAAGCAUUUUGAAAACUGUAUCCCCAAAAGCAUUUAAGUCUAACUGAAUUCAGUAGAAAACAAAAUGAUAAAAAUAUGAAGUAAUUUAUCAAUGAUUUGUUACAUUAUAAUUUGUCUUAGAAGUGUAACACCAAUUUACCAUUCCAAUAUUUGUUUUGCUCACAUGUUCAAACAUUCAUUUGUUUUCACGAACUACAAGACUAAUGUGCAUUCACUAGCUAACCAGGAAGUAAUUCAUUUUAAUAGAAAUAAUGAGGACAAAUUUGACAUGUUAUAAAUUAAUUUAAAAAUUAUAUAAGGUCAAAUCAAUUAUUCUGUUCAUCCUCAGGUAGUCUGUGCAUUUUGUUGACUCAACAUAAAAUUAAUGAACUUUCAGGACAAACAGAAUUUCAUGCCAAGAUUGUAUACAUAACGGUUGUUUAUCAUAUUCAAGUAGUAAUACAGACUUUGUAGUAUAAUUGGUUAUGAAUUUCCAAUUAAGCUGAAAAUAUGAACUUAAAAAUAAAUUUAAAUAUUUUCUACACUGUUUAUACUUAUUUAAUUGAUGAAUUUUCAAAAGUGGAUGUCAAGAUUGCCAGAAGGUAAAAACAUAUUAUAAAUAAAGUAUUUUGUUUAUAGUAAAAAUAUAUAUAAUUUUAAAGUUUUACCUUAAUUAAACAACACAGUUUUCAUGUGAUAAAGACAACAAAGAUAACUGUAUUAGCAUUGUCUACUGUAUCUUUGAUCAUCCCAUAGACUGACAACUUUAUCUCCAUUCCCAUUAUCAUAAAGAUAUAAACAAUGUUAUUUUUACAAUAAAUGAUACUUAUUAUUAAUUCAAUCAUAUUUUCAUCUUCAGUAUAACCAGUUCAUUGAUUUUGUGAAUAUUUCUAUUCUAAACCCCGGAUUGACGAGAAAGCAAAAUACACAGAUGAGGGGGGUUCAAAUUGAAGUAUUGCCUUGAUUUUCAUGCAGAAAUAUUAUACUGUUUUAAAGAUUGCUUAUUUAUUGAAGAAGAUAUGUAAAACACCUUUCUGUGUUUGUAAGGUUGUCAGUACAUAAUAAUAUACAAUAUUUUGUACAUUUUUUUAAUUUGUAAAUUUUAUUUUUUAAAGUAAACAUUGCUCACUGUUAAGUAUGAUGUUACAAUGAAGUAUGUUAUCACCUUGAGAGGGAGAAUGGCACAACCUGAACAAAAUAUUAUAUACAUGAUA